AAAAAAAAAUGUGAUGCUUGCAUUUGCAGCACUUUGGAGGUUAUUCAUUGACCUUUAGCAGGUGAUAGUGAAAACUAUAUUUGUCUCGUUUUGGUCACCAUGUUUUUUAUUUAUAUUUGUAAAUUUUAGAAAAUGUGAUGUCAAUCUAGCAAUCUCUGUACUUUAGAAUGGUCAUGACAUGAAUGAAAUAAUAGUGUUUUUACUAUUUCACUCCAAAACAAAAAGUUCACAACAGGAAGUGAAAUUUCAGAGAAAGUUUAAUUAAAUCUACAGGGGAAGUUGGGGAAACAAUGCAAAGGGACUUUACUGCAAAACUAUGCAGAUAAACAUUUGUAAAUAAACCUGAAGUCAUGAUUAAAAUAGAGAUAAAGAGAAUAUGAGAUUAUGAGAAUAAGUCAUAAAGAGAAGUUGUAUAUCCCGUCGUAGAUGACGUAUGUUGUAGAUGUACAAUUGCACUGUGAGGUUUACCUGUUACAUCUAAGGGGGUUGGGAUCCUUAAAAACAGAGGGUUCGCCGUCAGUUUGAGCCUGGGACGUCGCAAGGUGGCAUAUAAAAAAAAACGAAUAGGAUAGGCUAAUUUGUUGCGCGAUGGGAAUUCGGUUGGGUUUAGUUGAAGAGGAGUGACCACUAAAUUAAAUAAAUAAUCAUGGAUGGUAAACUUUAUCAUGAAUGUGCUGAAUAUAAUCCAACUAAAUAUGAAAUGUACAUUGAAAUUGAGCGGCAAAUGAUGCCUAAUGGUGACAAAAAGAAACAAGAUAAAGAAAGGAAGCGCGCAUUAAAAUAAUGGCAAAAGCACAAUUUGGGUCAAAUUAAUGAUUGGGACAAUCUGACGAUGAAGUUAUAGGAAAUUGACAGAGACUAUGUAAAUAUAACAUAAAUAUAAAUGUAAAAGACUAUGAAAGAUGUAAGAGACAGAUUAGAUAAGGGCUCAUGGAACUCAAAAGAGGUGAACAGAGAAAGGGCACUGCACAGACGUUGGAACGGGACCAGGAAACUACCCGGUUCUGGUAAAGUGGUAUGUGACGUUGAGAGCAUCAUGGAGCCCAAGAGGAAGAGAAGAUGGGGCUGAGAAAAGUUCUAUUUAAUAUGUGGAUGCGAGUGAAGGACUGCAAAAAUGAGGAAGAAGGCACGUCGAACACGCUCACGCGCCCUGAAUCACACCUUCUCCACCUCAAGGUCCAAUGCAAGGGCGUUGAGGCUGGUCCAACAACCGAGGGGGGCCAAGGCAGAGGCAGAAACGACAGCUUUGGCGGCGCACCCUGACAGCAGGAUGGACAGCAGCAGGUAGGACAGUACCACUAGGGGUCCCUGGGAAGCCAGGAGUCCGGUGAUGCAGGUGCCAUGAUCCCCAUCUCUGUUGCGGGGCGAAAAGGGAACACUCUCGUUGACACAGGGGUAACACUCUUCACUCAAUAUGUUGCUCCCGGACACUUUAUUGUCACAACACAAUGGGCUUCUCAGGGACUCAACAGGCUCUGCAAUGGACUCAACGCCGACCGACAAUCUUGGCUGGACAGACCUUCCACUAUUUGUUUAAAAUGCCGGCAGCUGACACUGUCUGCCACUCUGGACAAUGGCUUAUGACACCUGAGAGUGAACCAACUUCAACUGUGGACAUUUAUGGACACUCAAACCUGGUCUCAUACAUCAAUUUCUGUUGUGGAAGCCCUGGUUAAACUCUUAUGGCUUACCUGCCUCCACUUGGUCCAUACCAUUGCACACUAUAUUACAACCGCAACCACAAUGUAGUAUACAAGGAAAACUUUGCAUGCAUACAAGGUGCUGCUUGGGACAUUACAGCCACACAUAUAUACGCAGCAAGAGAGGGUGUUGCGGCAUCCUCCUCUCUUACAUCAGAUCAAAUGACAUGGUUCAAAAUGCAGGAAGAGUCAGUACCGGACAUUUCACUCGCUCUGUCUCCAGGACACAAGGCCCGGCACCUGGGACCUAUGGUGAAACGACUGACUCAAAUGACUGACUGGAAGGACACACCACUCCCUAACGUACAGAUCUCCAAAUCUACAGAUGCAUACUGCAUCAUUGUUCCUGACGCACCGCCGACAACAAAUAUCACCAUAUUAGAACACGAGAACAUGGACGUGACUACUCUGACCGUGACGACACCGAGUCAUUCUUAAACAAACUGCGUAAAUCGGUUUGGUCCUCUGGACCCUUUGACGUUGGACAUUGUACUAAGACACCAGACAUUAAAAUCACUGUUUUUCCAGGAUCACAUUUUUACAGAGCUCAAUAUCCUUGGCCCGCACCUGCGAACCAGGGGAUGGAGGACAUUCCACUGGCCUUUGGAAUUCUCGAGUCCUGGAAAAAUCCACCUCCUCGUGGUGUACACCACUCAGGCCCGUUUUAAAAGCAGAUGGUAACACUUAUCGUAUGGCACAUGAUUUGAGAGCCGUUAAUGAUGUAACGACCUCACCAUUGUUACCUGAACCAGACCCCCACAGAAUGUUGUCUACCAUCACACAUGAUUUGAAAGACUGCAUGCCAUGAAAUGCAUUCUUCUGUGCCCCACUCGCACCCAAGUGUAGACACUUGUUUGCAUUCAAAUAUCAGGGACACAAUAUUCAAUACACCAGGUUGUCACAAGGCUUCAAAUAUUCACCUGGAAUUUUUCAAUCAAUGUUUGAAAUCACUGCUGCAGAAUCUCGAACUCCCAGACGGAUAUAAACUCCUGAUGUAUGUCGAUGACCUCCUGUUGGCAGCCCCAACAGCAGAGUCGUGUUUGUCGCUAACUAAACUGGUGAACUCUCUGUCCAACCUUUGACUAACGCAGGGUCCUUUUCACUGAUGGUUGCUGUUACCGUAAGCCGAAUGGCUCUUUGGCUGCGGCGGCUGGUGUAAUGGAGCAGCAGCGCUCAGGUGAAUUUUUAACCGUUUCCUCUUCCAUACUAACACAACCCUCAGCCCAGGCAGCGGAAGUGCUCGCACUCUGUCUCGCACUGGAACUGGCAAUCGAACAAUCUGUUACUAUCUAUUCUGACUCAUCUUACACUGUCUCGGCUGCUUUGUUGGACCUGUCUGCCUGGAAAUGGAAUUAUUUGAAAAAACCUAAAGGUACUCCUAUUGCACAUUUGACACUUAUCUAACAAUUAGAUAAAGCCCUGGCCAAACCUUUGCCGGUGGCUAUCGUCAAGGUCCCAAUAAUGGUGCCGACAUGGCUGCGAAGCAGGCUGCGGGCUAUGUCCCACAGAUGCUUGUCCAAUUAUCUGACAAAUCCUCGCCUGACCUGCUCGAACCUCCGUCUCAUAGUGAAUUGGUUAAAAUACAGCCCAACGCCUCUCCUGAACAAAUGAUAUUUUCACCAAAACUCACUCUAUGGGUCAUAUUGGCCCCAGAGCCAUGCUAACCAAACUUCGCAUGUGGUGGCAUCCUAAAAUGUCUGACUUUUGUCACGCCCACUGUCGUGACUGUAAUAUUUGCCAGCUACACAAUCUUCCCCCCACACUUAGACCGUUGCCAGGUUCAUUUGACCCACCCACCUGGCCCGGUGUGGAACUGGUCAGGUAUUUCACAGACAUGAUCACUCCUGUUCAGGGUAAACCCUACCUUCUUGUUUUCGUUAACACCUUUUCCAGAUGGCCUGAAGCCUACCCCUGCGCUGGCGAAGACGCCAUGUCGGUAAUGAAAGCUUUGGUGAACCAUUGGAUUCCAACGCACGGUUUCCCCGCUCUCAUCCGCUCGGACAACGGUACACAUUUCACAUCCACACACCUAGCUACUGUAGAGAAGUGGUUAGGGUUAACUCACAAGUUUGGUUGUGUUUAUCACCCUGCCAGUCAAGGUUCAGUUGAACGUAUGAAUCGCACAUUGAAGGAAAAACUGGCUAAAAUAUGUACUUCUUCUGGCAUGGAUUGUGUUCAGGCUCUUCCCCUUGCUCUAAUGUCUGUGAGACAAACUGUGUCUCACCCUACUGGUUUCUCUCCUUAUGAACUUCUUACAGGUCGUCUGAUGCCUGGCCCUUCCUCCUCACUCCAACCGCUGGAGGAAGGCGCUGUGUCCCCCAGGUUUUCUCAUAAACUGUUUUGGACACAACUGCAUUCUUUUGCUUCACAGAUCCAGGACACUCUUCCAAUACCACCUCCUGCACUUGAUUUUCCUGAGUGGUCAUCCGUCUACCUUAAACGACUCUCUCGUAAGUUGUCACAACCCGUUGGUCUGGCCCCGACAAGGGGACUGCUCGUACCUCCAAAGCUAUCUGCUUGGAGGAAAAAGGAACUAAGCUGUUUCAUUAUUCUAUGCUUCGCCCUGCUACAGACUCUUAAUUGCACUUUUGUUUUAUUGUUUGUUGUUGUUUUAUUAACCAUGAUUCCUACAGAUGGUCCAAUUGCUUUUCAGACCAAGAGAGGGAGAGGAGGGAAUCUCUAGGAUUAUUAUUAUUGGUGUUAUUGUUAUUGUUGGUUAUUUUGAUCUGGGAAAUCGUUCAAAAAUACCCCAUACCUACACCCACAUCAGUGCCAGCUGUUAGCACAACCCACCCAGAAAAUAUCUAUCACAGAGAAGAGUUGUAUUAUAAACAAAGCCCUAUCUGUUGAUGAGUGGUUUAGGUUUUUGACAGGCAUUUGCGCAAUAAACAAUAAUUGGUUACUAAUGGCAGAACAAGUGGUGAAAAAAACCCCGAGUGUUGCGUGUUGAAUGUAUGGGACCUAGACCUUUGUUACGUGUUGUUUCCUCUUCUGUCAACUCCACCUGUGUUCUAGAUCUUAUGAAAAAUUAUGUGCCGACUAAAACUGAAUGCAAAAUUUGGGAUACUUCGCACCAGUAAGACCGGCUCAAAAGAACAAACCUAUGUUUAGUACACAAAAACCUCUCCUGUAUUUUCCUGAAAGGUAACGGUGCCCCAAUUGACAAUAUUUCUGAUGAUCAGUGUGCAGAGACCCAGGAAGCACCUUUCUUUCAACCAGUCAGCCGUGCUGAUGUGUGGUGGUGGUGCGGAGGGAAUCGUCUCUUCGACCGCCUCCCGCGCAACAGUACGGGCAGAUUUGCAUUAAUGACUUAACUUUUGCCCAUUUCCGUUGUUCCUGUCACCCUAGACGAUCUGGCAGUUGCUCCUGAACACAUCAAGGAAGCCCUUGGCCUUUUACACCGUUCACGUAGGUCCAAACCUACCUGGCUCGGUGCUGAUGACCCCACUUACAUUGACGCUAUUGGCGUCCCCUGUGGUGUCCCAGAUGAGUAUAAACUGGCUGAUCAGGUAGUUGCUGGUUUUGAAAAUAUGCCUGUAAUUUCUGCUCUUUUCCCCGUUACUCCUAACGAUGAUGUGGGGGAUACGAAAAGAGCUGGAUCUAGUUCACAUUGCGUCAAGUCGUCAUUAAAGGAUAGAGUGGUGCCAAUAAUCCGUUCAGCUGUUUUGUUUGUCCGUUGCUGGAGUUUGUCCUUUUUUGUGGCGGCCCCAAAACAGACUGUGAUGGAGGUACACAGUACUGAUUGGAUGACCACUGUGUAGAAUUGUCUCAGUAGCUCAUGAGACAGGCUGUGGUUCCUCAGAAGCCACAAGAAGUACAUUCUUUGCUUGGCUUUUUUCGAGGAUUGAGUUGAUGUUCGUCUCCCACUGCAGGUCCUCUGAGACUGUAAUUUCCAAGAACUUGAAGGUCUUGACAGUUGACACAAGACCGUUGGACAGGGUCAGGGGGAGCUGUGGUGAAGGAUGCCUCCUGAAGUCCAAAAUCAUCUCUACAGUCUUAAGAGUGUUCAACGCCAGGUUGUGUUGGCGACUCAAAGCUCCAGUCUCACCACUUCCUAUCAAUACACAAACUCGUCGCUGUCUUUGAUGAGGGCAAUGACUGUGGUGUCAUCUGGAAACUUUAGGAGUUUGACAGUCGGAUGCCAUGAGGUGCAGUCGUUAGUGUAGAGCGAGAAGGGCAGAGGGGAGAGAACACAAACUUCGGGUGUCCUGAUAAUGCGCAUGGAAGAGGUGGUCUCCCCCAGCCACAUCUGCUCUGUCCUGCCCAUCAGUAAGUUGUAGAUCCACCCGGAGAUGUACAGUCGGUGAUUACGUGUCAAUAAAACCCGCAGAUACCGUCCUUAACGGUUCUCAGUUUGGAGUCUUUAAAAACACGAACAUCAAUUUAAGUAAAUUCAAAACACAUUUUUUUUAAUCAGUCUGGAUGGGUGCAACAGUAGCUGGUUGUUGGCUCGUAAUUGCGUUGGAGACACUGGGGAUGCCAGAGGAGGCGCGUAGAAAUGGCAGACGAAUCUGACACCAGUUUGAACAUGAUUACAAUUUAAAUUACAUCACCCCCUCUUCUCCGAAAAAGUCAUCUUACAUACAUUUUCAUCAUAUACAUGUAACUAAUGUACAUGUUAAUAUGAAGUAAAUUCAAUUGAAUUUUUUUUCAGUGAGCAGGUCCUCUCCUGUGUAUUAAAAUGCCAUCCUAUUUGAUAUGGUAAUGUGCUUCUAUUUGAGUUCAAAAGAUUUCAAAGGAGGAUAGGGACUCAGAAAAUGCUUUUACAGGGCUGCGUGUAAGUUACUGUGUGAACACAUUUGUUGUGACAUAUAAUCACAUGGUUUUAACCUUUUAGGGUAAUCAGUCAGCCUUGUGAGAGGAGUGUCAUCCAUGAUCGCAGCGGUUCUUCCUCCCGUUUUGGCCGCACUUUGGCCGUGGGCAGCUGUCCUCCGCUUCACAGUUCAGUCCAUAUGUGCUGUUGUGACAUGUUGUUCCAUUCACUCCUCUUUCGCAUGUUGUUAAGGCUGGAGGAGAUCUCGCCAAAAAGGAUUUUGUUGCGCACCGCGACUUCAUUGAAAAACUUCACAGUCAGAGAAAAUAGUUUUUCUUCAUUGCCUUGCUCAUUUUCCUUUGUUUUCUUCUUUCCUUAUGCAGAGAUUGGGAUCUUAAGUGCAGGAUUCAAUGAAAUAUCCAUCAAUUAUUUGAGCUGCUUGUCCUCACAUGGGUCACGGGAGCGCUGAGCCUAUCCAUGCUAUCUUCGGACAGGACAGAGAAAUAAAAUGUUUAUUUUUUUUUCAAUUAAACCACAACAAAAUUGAGAUAAUUGAUUUUGGCAAUAAAGAAAAGAGGAUUGCAGUUAGUAAAUACCUGGAAUGGGGCACAGUGGGCAACUAGUUAAAGCGUUGAGCUCACAGUUCUGAGGACUGGGGUGUGUUGCAUGUUCUCCCCGUGCCUGUGUGGGUUUUCUCCGUGCACUCUGGUUAACAUGCAAUAAUUGGAGAUUCUAAAUUACCCCAAAGUUUGCUUGUGCGUGGGACUGUUUUCUGUCUCCAUCUGCCCUGCAAUUGGCUGGCAACCAGUUCAGGGUCUACCCCACCUGCUGCCCGAUGAUACGCUGGGAUAGGCUCCAGCACUCCCGUAACCCUUCUGAAGACAAGCAGCUCAGAAAAUGGAUGGAUGAAUGAAAUACCUGGAGUCACCAAAAAAGAAACUCUCUUUAAAAACCAAAGAACAAGUCUGAAACCUUGUUCUGAUAAAUAUUUUCCAAAAAUGUAUUUAACGAAAAACCAUUUGGUUGUUUUUAUAUUUUUUGUUUGAGGUCAAUAGGACGUGAAAUGUUUCAUUUGAAGUCAGACAGAGAAUAUGUUGCAACUGCAUUAUCGGGUUGGGGGAAUUGCAUGGUGUUCGACAAAUAACAUGGACACAUUUGGCCACGUAUUCAAUUUCAAGUCUGUACAUCAAGUCAGCCUUAAAAUGUAUUUCCUGUUUGGUGUGCUUCUUUGCUUUCACUUCUGCCUGUCGUAUUGGUUCAAAAUAGUGAGGAGAACUUGUUGCAGUGAGUGGAUCGUCUCAGCAAGAUGAGUUUUUCCAGUCAUGCAUCUUCUAAGGAUACAUGCAAUGAGCUCAUAAAUUUGGGAUGGUACCACUAUGAUCUGUCUCGUCAUACGGCUGAGGCACUCCUCUUGUCCAAUGGAAGUGAUGGAAGUUACCUCCUGAGAAAUAGUAAUGAGGGACCAUGUUCUUUUGCUUUAUCUGUAAGGGCGAAGGAUUCAGUCAAGCAUUUCCAUGUGAAACACAAAGACAAUGGCUAUGUGUUUGGAUUUAACACAUUUGCCACCCUUCAUGACUUUAUCAACCACUUCGCCAAUCAGCCACUAGUUGGCAACGAAACAGGAACUCUCAUAGUGCUCAAGUAUCCAUACCCAUGGAAAGUUGAAGAGCCAUCCAUUUAUGAAUCUGUGCGGGUUCACACAGCUCUGCAGACUGGACGUACAGAAAAUGAUCUUGUGGCAAAUGCUCCCUCUCUAGGUACAAAAGAAGGCUACCUACUGAAACAAGGAGCAAUUAUAAAGAGCUGGAAGCAAAGAUGGUUCACACUAAGCAGAAAUGAACUGAAAUAUUUUAAAGACCAAGUGUAUGAAGAGCCCAUUCGAACCCUGGAUCUCAAUGCAUGCUCUGCAGUCCAGUUUGACUACUCUCAUGAAAGAAUCAACUGCUUCUGUCUUGUGUUUCCAGAGAGAAGAUUUUAUCUCUGUGCAAAGACUGGCGUGGAAGCAGAUGAGUGGAUCAAGAUUCUCAGAUGGAAACUGCAAGCUGGUUAACCAACUUAUACUCAUCUGGUACACCUCGUGGGAUGCCGAUUGCAUCAAUGUAUGUCGGAUCGUCAUCUUUCCAAGAGGACCUUCGCCUUCGGGAAAAAACGAGUGGAGGUCCAAAGAUGGAUGGAGCCAAUUGUAUAUCCUCUGCUGUGGAUGGAAACACAGUCACAGGUAGGAGCAGUGAUCCCAGUGCACACGUUCCUGAUGCAUUUAUCAGUGUGUCAUACAACUUUUGGCCACCACACAUCGCUGCGUGGGAGCAGAGGGGCAUUUUGCCGAUGGAUAAAAUGACACCAUGUUUUGUUGAGACUUCCCACUUUAACGCCUGUCCCUGUAAAGUUAACACAGGAGAAAUUAGCUAAUGCAAUAUUAGUAGAAAAUAUCGGUUUGUCAUUUACUGCUUUAGUUGUUGGAUGAACACUUCCAUUUUUGACAAGUGGUGUUAGGAGUUGUUUUAGUCAUUAACUCCAGGGUACAUUGUGUUGGGAUUUCUGCUGGAAUGACACGUAGUAGUGGCCAAGGGCCCAUGCAGGUGAUGCAACUAUAGUUUACCAUGCUAGCUGCAUUGUCCAUUAACAACAACCAAUUAUUUCGUACUUGUGAAAUACCGGUCACUGCCAAAAAAUUUCCAUCCUGUUUUUUUGGUUGAAAUAUUUCAACCCCCUCCAUAGUUUCCGGACUCUUUUGUCUGGCAUUUGGGUUCAGGGUGGCGUUAAAUUGGCAAAUGGUGAGAAUGGGGGUUUCCUUUGACAUAAGACCAUAGGUGGAAUCUCCAGCAAGGUGUGGUAGAAGGCUUAAAGGCUGGUGGAAUAAUUGAACCUUUAGUUAAAUUUACUUGUAUUGUAAGGCCUGUUUCUGUCUUAAGCAAGGUCAUUAGGCGUUUGUGAUGUCGAGAGUAUGAUGAUGUUCCCCAGGAGGGGGUCCAUCUGUUACCUUCGUCCGGCACCAGGGUGUUCCACCUGGAGUCUCGUACAUUAUUUGUCAGAUACCAUUUAUUUGAUCUAUACUUUAUUCCUUGUAGGGUCCCUUUAUUUAAGUGUUCAGUUAGACUCGGCCAGGGAAUUAAAAUAGUGCUUAGCUGAUUCAUUGGGAGGCACAUAUGGAGUCCUGCCCUCAUGCCUAGGUGACUGCCGCAUAGUCGUUUAUCAAUUUUAUUUGAAAUGAGGUUGCGCCUCUUUAUCUUAUGUGGAGUAGGCAUAGUUGACUGAGUAUAAUUAGUGGUUCUGUUAUGCGUUUUUGUCAGCUAUACAGAUGCCAAAAGGUACCAUAUGAACAAAAAUAUCACAAUUGAUGUCGCAAUUGCAGCCCAACGUGCUAUGAUAUGAUUCGCCAUCUUGAAGUCAUGUCGACCAAAUCACCCCUAAAUGAGUCAGAUGUCUUUUAAAUCUUCACCAGCCUUCGGGUAUUUUCAGAUAUUAUAAAUCUGCACCCACCUUAUGCUGGACUUUGCUUAACUUUCCCUUCGGGUGACUCAGCUGAGAUGACCUUUUUACAGUGUGUAACAUGUAUCCACGUGUUUAUUUCUGCUAUUUUCAUUGCUGUCGGUGUAGUCAGCAAUAUUGGAACGGGCCUUCCCACUUUGGAUCAUACCAGUGCGUCUUCUUUAUGCUGCGUGUCAGCACCCAGUUGCCUGGCACCACGAGUUGUUGAUCCUGUUGGGAAGUAAUAUCACAUUCUGGUAAUUUUAAGUUCACUUCUUUUUUCUAAUGUUUAUUACAUGUAGUCUGCUAAAUUUGCCUCGUCAUCUAUCUCCCAUUUUGUGGAAAAUAUUGGUAAUUUGUAUGGUCAGUGUUUCAAAUGGAGUGAGACCUGUUAUGCUUAUGUUGAUGUAUAGUUUGACUAGAUCUAUACAUUGCGUCCAUGGUCUGUCUGUUUCUUCCAUGCAUUUCUUCAGUCUAUUCUCAAUUGUGCCGUUCAUUCUUUCUACCGAUCCUGCACUUUGUGGGUGAUAAGAACAGUGGUGUUUCAAGUUCAAGUGGAACGUGUCCUAUUUUGUCGAGCACUUUGUUUACAAAGUAUGUUCCAUUAUCACUAUAUAUGGUCUCUGGGAUACCAUAUCGUGGUAUGAUGUCUUUGCAUAAUGCUUUUGCUACUGUUAGCGCAUCAGGUUGUUUCGCCGGGAAUACUUCUACCCAUUUUGAAAAAGCAUCAAUGAUGACUAAACAGUAUUGUUUUCCCUCACUUUUGUUUGGUUCAAUGAAAUCCAUGUGUAUUCUCUGAAAUUGAUAUGUAGCCUGAGAAAACUGACCACGUUUUGGACGCACAUUCCCUUGUGGAUUAUGUCGAGCACAGGUCAAACAAGCCCUGCAAAAUUUUUUUGCAUACAAGUUAAAUCCAUAGGUUGUAUAAUGCUUUUGUACCAUUCCCCCUGUUGAGACAUGAGACUUCCCGUGGCUCAAUAUUGCCGCCCACUUAAAAAGAUUUUUUGGUAGAAUGGGUUUUGUAUCUGUGCUGACAUAAAUCCCAUUUUGUAAUGUGGCACCUUUAUUUUCCCACAUUUUUAGUUCUGCUGGCAAGCUUUGUUGUUGCAUUUUGUUUAACACAUCAUUUGAAAGUAUGUCUUCAUUUGUUGCAUGGUCAGCUAAUCCCAUAAAGGUUUUGACUGCUACUUCUUUUGCUGUUUUAUCUGCAAGUGCAUUUCCUAAUGAUACUUUGUCUGUAUUUGAUGUGUGUGCUGCACAUUUACAUAUGGCUAUUUCUUUUGGUAAUUGAAUUGCUAUGAGCAAAUUUUGUAGUAGCUCUGCGUGUGUCACUGGUUUCCCUGUAGAUGUCACCAUUCCUCUGUUUUUCCAGUAUUGUGCAAAUAUGUGACAUGUAGCAAAAGCAUAUUGGCUGUCUGUGUAGAUUGUAAACUUUUUUUUUCAUUAAUUUACAUGCCUCAGUUAUGCCACUAAUUCUGCAGCUUGUGAUAAAUAGUGUGAUGGCAACGGCUCAGCUUUCAAGAUACGUGUUUCUGUUACUACAGGAUAUCCCGGUUGUGUUUUUCCAAAAUUAUUCUUUUUUGAUGAUCCAUCUACAAAAAGGAUUUCUCCUGUUUCUAAUGGUUGGUCUUUUAAAGCUGGUCUGCAUUUAGUAGUUUGUUCAGAUAAUUCUUGGCAGUCAUGUUGUUCCUCCUCGUCACGGAGUGGUACAAGGGUAGCUGGGUUUAAAACAGUACAUCUUUCCAGUGAGAGGUGUGGCUGAGAUAGCAAUAUGGCCAUGCAUGAUAGAUGUCUAGCUGGGGACAAAAAGGUCAUAUUGGUCUGUAUCAGUAGGGCUGACACGGCAUGGGGUACCCUUAGUGUUAGUGGGUGAAAAAGCACGAUGGAGGAACUACUCUCAACAGCCAUUGAGGCUGCAACCACAGCCCUGAUGCAAUGAGGAAGUGCACAUGCUACAUCUACCAUUUUAACAAAGGGUUUUGAAUAGUCAGGUAAUGCUAAGGCUGUACUUGACACCAAAUCUUGCUUUAUCUCACAAAAGGCCCGCUCUGCCCAAGCUGUCCAUUUAAUUUGGGAUGUCAUUUUUAAAUUUUCCUCAUUCAUUAUUUUUGAUAACGGUGCCGUUAUUUCAGCAAAAUUUGGUAUCCAGGCUCGGCAGUAAUUUGUAAGGCCUAAAAUGACAAUUUGUUUUUUGUUAAUGGUCUGGGAGCUUGUAGAAUGGUUGUCUUCCUAUCUUCCUAAAUUGUUCGUCCCCCCCUUACUCAAACUGUGACCAAGAUACUUUACUUGUUCCCUACACAUUUGCAGUUUCUUCUUGCUUAUUUUGUGACCCUCUUCUGCCAAAUGCUUGAGUAAUGCUAUUGUAUCUUGUCUACCGGUUUCCAGAUCAGGUGAAGCUACAAGCACAACAUCUAGCAGACUAUAAUUUGACUGCCCCCUGGGGGUUGAAACUUGGACAUGCUUGCUGUCAUUACUUGUGAAUAGAUUGUUGUACUUUCACAAUACACUUGGGGCAAUCUUGUGAAUGUAUAUUUUUUCCCUCUGAACAUGAAUGCAAAACAAAACUGGCUGUCUUUGUCUACUGGGACUGAGAAAAAUGCAUUACUUAUGUCUACCACUGUGAAUACAGCAGCGUCUGGUCUCAAAUUGUUUAAUUAAUGUGUAUGGGUCAGGGACACAAGGAGCUCUUUGUAUUACUGCUGAAUUUACUGCUUGUAAAUCCUGGACCAUCCUCCAUCCCACCUUCGUCCAUCCCACCGAAGGAGGGGCCUUUUUUACAGGAAAUAUGGGUGUGUUGCAUGGUGAGUCAUUACACUCCACUAUCACUCCUGCCUUCAGCAAGUCAUCAAGUACUGGUUUUACUCCCUCUAGUGCAUCUGGUUUCAAUGGAUAUUGUCGCACACAGGGUCUGUACUCAGUUUUGGGUCUGAUUUGUAUCGGUAAUGCAUUGUCAAUUUACACGACUCUCCCAGGGGGUCUAACACCCAUACAGGAUUCGUUUCAGCGACUACAGAGAGCAUUCCCUGAGCUGUUCUGACAAACACUUCCCUUCCUGACAUGGUGCAUCCUGGAAUGCUCUCUCUACAUGCUGUUUUACAUGCCCCUGUGUCACACAAAAAUUUCAUUGACUUCCCGUUCACGAUCAGUUCCACCUCAGGUCUAGCCACGUCUAAUGCAAGAAUUUCCUGUAAAUUUAAUUCAAUAUCUGCUUCUUGAGCAUCGGUGGUGACAUUUUGAUGGGAAGGUGGCUGCUCUAGUCAUGUGGUGGUGGGCAUUUUGUUUCUAGGGCAAUCACGUGAAAUGUGACCUUUUUCUUCACAACACCAGCAAAUAAUUUAUUUUUGAUCAAAUUCACGUCUCCUCCCCAUUACUCCUCCCCUGCCUCUUCCUCGUCUGCGGUUAUGGUUAGCUUUUCUAUCCUUUUUUCCCCUUUUUUCUUUUUAUGGCUAUUAACAUCCAAAACUCUGUAUCGUCAUAGCCAUCUUUACUCUUUUUUUUCCCAUCAUUUUUGUGUGUGUUUCUUAUUUUAUCCUGCAGGUUAACUAUUUUUUGCGUAUUGAGCUGGCCAGCAAAGCCAUAUUUUCUUAUCCAUAAAUCCAGAUAUUUUAUUUUAGAAGGACAUUGGCUUUCUACAAACUUCCAGUCCUUACAUGGUAAUUUUUGUCCAAGAUCCUCAGUGUCAAAUAUUUUGCUGGAUGAUUUUCCCAUGUUGAAGUCAGCGGUUCACCUUGGGUGACAAUUACGUUCCGUUUUAGGUAAUUCUGAAGCUUCUACCACAAGUGGCGGAGAAUUCUUACCUCUGCAUCCUCAAACAGUAUUCACUCAAUUUCAUGUUCAAAUGAGGUAGCCAACCUCCAUUCACACUUUCACAGAUGCAAACAUUUCACGGACCUCACGUACAGGACACACCUUGCCCUUUUCUCAGUUUUAUAGACUAGUCUACUCGAUAGUGACUAGUAUUCUCGAGGUUUGUUUCUGCCGCAGUCACCCAGACGCGCAUUCACUCAUUCCUCAUGAGUGUGGGAGUUUCCUACUCACCAGAGAUGUCUUCACUUCCUUCGGCUUCUCGUCAACUCUCAGCCUCCAGACGCAAAGUCGAGGCCCAGUCCCGGAAAGGGUCUCAAGUGGCGUGGCCAUGGUCUUUGCCUGGACGUCAAUUCGGCCCCAGCACCUCUAUUUGUUUAGUUUUAAGACGCCCCUUAUUUACAUGGAUGUUACAAAAAGGAGACGACAAGCAAAACAGUUUGAAACAAGGUGUACAUUUUUGUUCAUGUGCGUGUGCAUGUGUGGAAGAUUGCCGAAUACAUGUGUAGUCAUCAUUUCUUUAACAGGCAGCAGUUCUAACAGUUCUGAUGAUUAUAUGUUUUUGUUCUUGCUAUCGCCUGCUAGGAGGCUGCCACGUUAUCUAGAGCAGAGCAUUUCUUUAUUGGAAGGAGAUGUAUGAUAAUUAUGAUCACAAUUACUCCAACACUGCCGUUGACUUUAAACACUCAAAACUAUUUUGUACAACCUUUUUGUUUCUAAGAUUUACCAAUCUUAUAUUGAUAUAUAUAGCUUCUAAACUAAUAUUUAGUUGUAUAAUGACCAUUUUUCAUAACUGCUUCACAUCUGUAUGGCAUGGAGUCAACCAAAUUGUGACACCUUUAAGCUGUCAUUCCGCUCCAAUAGAGGGCUGCGACUGACGUCACUGCCGAGCAUGCGCAUUAACUUUUCGCCAUAUUGGAAGACAAACAAACCCCCGGGAAGUCCGAGUGCUGUAGGUGUCGUCCGUUUUUAUAUAGUUUCAUCACUGUUUCUUUGCUUGGAAUUUGAGCUCCGGGAUCUAGCAAGGCAUGGCAGGUCCUUUUGCCAAGUGUAAACAUGUUGACACCCUGCCAGCUGUUGAAAGGAAUUGUUACAAGGAGAAACUUGCUCUGGUUGAUGGAGUUGACCCUUACAAGUUACCCAAACAGGAAUGGACAACAAAUGUGACAUACUAUCCUGCUGUAAUUUACCCUGACAUUGGGAACUAUUUUAUCUUCACUCCAAUGUUUAUACCAUGGAUGACUUGAAAGCUUACAAGAGCAUGGAUGCAUACAAUCAGUUUUUGUGUGGCUGGGUUGGCCAUGUGGGAGCUGUUGUCAGAAAUGGAUACCAACUAGUCAGUGGAAAGGUCAGUGUUUACAUUUCAUAUUAUCGAUAUUUCAUGACGCUGUGACUUUUCUGAGUUCAAUGUAAAUGUUCCCACUACAGCUUUUUAACAAAUCCAAUUAUUUAAUUCGUGUACAUUUAAAUGUAUAGAAUGUUUGUGGGGCCAGGAGUAAUUUAAUGAUUAUUUGCAACUUAUAAUUUGACAGUUAAGUAACGGCAUGCAGGAAAGAGUAUAAUUUCUUUUUAUCUUUCCAUCUCUUUGUACUACAUAUUUUGAAAAUCAUAAGAUUUGAAAUAGACAAUUAUUUUCCCAAUAAAAUAAUUUUUUUCUAGCCUACAUUCUUUUGUGAAAUUUUCAUUUGCAACAAUAAUGGUAGGUGAAAAUAUUCAGUAAUAUUAUUUAAAUGUGUAUGAUAAUACAUGCAUAACAUACAUGUAUGUUAAAAACUCCCAAUAUUACUUUUACAAGUUCUCCAUUCCCAAGAAUUACGGGAAAACCCCUUUUGGCCUUGGGUGAUUGCUAAACAAAGUGGGAAAAUUGUUGCUGCACAUUGCGACUGAAAGGCUAGCCUGGGAGAAGCUUGUUCACAUGUUGCAGCACUGCUGUUUUGGGUUGAAGCCAACAUCAGGAUACGGGGCUCAAAGACUCAAGCAAGAGAAAGCAUACUGGAAGCUGCCAACAUUUCCUCAAAAGUAGUCAAUACAAAAAAAAAAAAAAAAUCCUGACUUACCUACCUUAGUUCUUAGUCUAUGUUACCGGAAAGACAUUAUUUUUGUUUGGCCUUAACAAUGUUUUGAGUAUAUAAAUGUGCUGUAGCCAAUGUUAUAUAAGUGCGAAAACAAACAAACCAAUUGUACUUCAAAAUUUUAUUCUCUCAUUCUCCAUCUAACAUGUCAGGCUGUUCUGUACUCUGAAAAUUGUGUUUAGUUCUACUGGUAACAGUUACCCACUGUAUUUCAAACAAAAACAGUUUAUAAAUAAAAAAGAAUAUAUACAGUAUAUAUAUAUAUAUGUACACAUUUACAUGAAUUGCAAUAAAUGCCUUCCAAAUGAUCAAUUUAGAGUGUUCAAUUAGGAAGGAAAGUGGAGUACCGGGAAAAACCUCACGCAGAGAGAACAUGCGAACUCGACACAGGCAGGGCUGGGAUUUGAACACCGGUCCUCAGAACUGUGAGGCAAACACUCUCGUCAGUCGCACGACUGCAACCUUUAGCAAACGCAAUCAUUCAUCAUUUAUCAGUUCUUUACAGGUUUAAUCCAGAGGAAAAGUGUUUAUAUGUCUAUCAUACAGCUGUAGUUAAAAUUUAAUUAAAAAAAUAUUUUCAAAAGUCUCAACAGAACAGAAAUUAAAUAGUGUCAAAGUCAGUCUCAAGAUUUUGUUUGAAAUGUCAAAUGUCACUUAGAUUCGGCAAGUUCCAUAAGUCCCUGGAAAGUGAUGUCACGACAACAUUUAGCCAAAGAGUGAAGCUAGCAAAGAUGGCGUGUUGUAUACAGCUAUUCUGCGUCCAACGCUGACGGAGUCAGCUUACAUGAAUGGCAGAAAGAUGAACAGAUGGGCAGGUUAAGGACCAGGGUUUGUGAAGACAAAGCGGGCACAUUGGACUUACAAAUCAAAGUGGACAGUAAUAUUUUCCAAGAAUUUCAUUUCUAAUUUCUUACCUAACACCAGUUUAGGUGAACAGGGAUGUCUUGGUAGGUUUGCGGAGGUGUCAUACUCCAUUUCCAUUUUUGCAUGGACACUGCUUGCUGAGAUGUUGAAAGCAUGGGAUAUAUAUUUUUAUGACUUUAUAAGUCAGACCUGUCUGGUUUCUCUACAAAUCUCAACAAAACAAAGAUUGUGAAUGUAAUUUCACAAAAUGUUAAACGUGUAUGAAUGAGUGAAGUAGUUAAUUAAGUCAAGGAAGUUCCACUGUCUUUGGGAAGAGAUGUGCUAUGACCAGAACAAACAUUUAAAAAAAAAAAAAAAAAUCUUCAUUUCCCUUGCGCAAUGUUUCACGUACGUAAAGGACAACGCUCCAAAUUGAAGAAAGGACACUGUUCUUUGGUUGGACUAUCAUUUUUUUUAAAAGACAAAAAGACUCAAACAGUAGUCUUUAUGUUCUUAAAUCAUGUAAGAAUCAUUCACUAAUAAAGCAGGUAUCCAAUGUCAUUGCACAAAAUCAAAAGGUCAGUAUUUGUCCUUUUAUUAUUGACAAUUGAUACAUUGUGAUUCAGCAGUCAUAUUUGAAAUUUACUUAAGAGAUAAGGUUCAAGCCUGACUUUAUGGGUUUAUUUUCAGAGCCACAUUUCCCCGCAUGUGGUAUCAUUUUCUGUUUUAUGGCUAUUAUGUUGACCCAAAAUGGAAAAAAAGCAAGUGCAGGACAGUGAGUCACUACUUGUGUACAGUAUUUCUUGAUGGCACAAAAGCUUUUGGAUAAGAUUAGUCUCCUCUGCCUCAAUGUAUUAAGAACAGUAUUGAACAUUUCCAACUGCAACUGUAUCGACACAAUGAAAUUGUUGGUAUAUUAAAAAAUAACACUGGUCAAAGAAAUAAUUCUAAUUUCAGUAAUUGAAAAAAUGUGAUGACAACCUUCCCAAAAGGUGAUUUUGAAUAAUGAUUCAACAUAAUUAUAAAAACAACCAUGAAACAGACUAUGAGAAAAAAAAAUUACAAAAGCAAAAGAGCAUUUUUUUUGGGGGGGGGGGGGUGUAAUUGGCUGACAACCAGUUGAGGAAGUACCCCUCCCCCUCCUGCCCAAAGAUAGCAUUGUGAGGAUAAGCGGCUCAUUAUAACGACAGA